UAUUUUUUCCUUUUUAAAAGAAAUAAAAGAGCAACUUUAUAAUCUUGUACAAAUAAAAUUUAACAUUCAUAGACCUUAACAAUAAAUUGAUUUAUAGAAAAGACCAUCAGCUUAUUUUCUCUUCAAGAUGAUGAACAGUAUUAAUAAAAUUUCGCAAGAAAUUCUUGCGAAAUUACCUCUUUUCAGACUAAAAGACCUUAUUAGAGCCGUUAGAGCCUGUAAAACAGCAGCAGAAGAAAGAGCUGUAAUUCAAAAAGAAAGUGCUAACAUUAGAACAGCAUUUAAGAAUGAAAAUGCGGAUACGCGUCAUACAAAUGUUGCAAAACUGUUAUACAUUCACAUGCUUGGUUACCCCGCUCAUUUUGGUCAGAUGGAAUGUUUAAAAUUAGUCGCUAGCCCUAAAUAUGCCGACAAACGUUUAGGAUAUUUGGGUAUUAUGCUUCUGAUUGACGAAAAAACCGAAGUGCUUACAUUGGUUACCAACAGUUUGAAAAAUGAUUUAAACCAUAGCAACAUGUACAUUGUGGGUUUAGCUCUUUGUACAAUGGGUAAUAUUUCUUCAUCAGAAAUGGCUCGUGAUUUAUGUUCUGAGGUUGAGAAAUUAAUGGGUAGCUCAAAUACAUAUAUUCGCAAAAAGGCUGCAUUAUGUGCCUUGAGAAUUAUAUCUCGAGUACCCGAACUACACGAAAAUUUCAUUUCAAGAGCUAAAUCACUUUUGAAUGAUCGAAGUCAUGGUGUUCUGAUCACCGGUAUCACUUUGGUGACCGAAAUGUGCCAAAAAGAUCCCGAAAAUGUGAAAAUAUUUAGAAAGGCUGUUCCUCUCUUGGUUAGACAUCUUAAAAAUCUUACAAGCACAGGAUUUUCUCCAGAGCAUGAUGUUACAGGUGUUACAGAUCCUUUCCUUCAAAUCAAAAUUCUUCGUCUUUUGCGUAUUCUUGCUAAAAAUGAUCGUGAAGCAUCUGAAGCUAUGAAUGAUAUCCUUGCUCAAGUUGCAACUAAUACCAAGAAUAAUAAAAACGUUGGAAAUUCAAUUUUAUAUGAGACUGUAUUAACUAUUAUGGAUAUUCAGAGUGAAGCUGGUUUACGUGUAUUAGCUGUAAACAUUCUUGGUAAAUUUUUAAGUAACAGAGAUAAUAACAUUAGAUAUGUUGCAUUGGAAACGUUGAACAAGACAAUAGGUAUUGAAACUCAAGCAGUUCAAAGACAUCGUAAUAUUAUUCUUGACUGUCUUCGUGAUGGUGAUAUCUCUAUCCGUCGUCGUGCUUUAGAAUUGAGUUUUGCUUUGAUCAAUGAAGGCAAUGUUCGUGUUCUUACUCGUGAGUUACUUGCUUUCUUGGAAAUCGCCGAUACAGAAUUCAAGCAAGGUAUGACGACAAAGAUCUCACUUGCAGCCGAGCGUUUUGCUCCUAAUCAAAGAUGGCAUAUUGACACCAUGUUGCGUAUGCUCAAAUUGGCUGGAAAUUAUGUUCGAGAAGAGGUAUUAGCAGGGUUUAUUCGUCUUGUAGCUCAAACGUCAGAUUUACAACAAUACACUGUACAAAAAUUAUAUGCUGCUUUAAAACAGGAUAUUUCUCAGGAAGGUCUAGUUUUAGCAGGUGUUUGGGUUAUUGGUGAAUAUGGAGAUAUAUUAGUUAGUAGUGGAAAUUUUGAAGAAGAAGAGGGGGUUAUGAUUGAAGUAUCAGACUACUCAGUUGUCAACUUGAUGGAAUCUAUUUUACAAGGUCCUUACGCCAAUCAAGUCACCCGCGAGUACGUUAUCACAGCUCUUAUGAAACUUUCUUCGCGCCUUACCGACAGCAGUGCUCAAACUAAAAUUAAAGAAAUACUGAAUGAAUAUACUAUCAGUAUGGAGGUCGAAAUCCAACAACGUGCUGUUGAGUACACUAAUCUCUUUUCUUAUAACUCCAUUCGUCCUGCUGUUUUAGAACGUAUGCCUAUUCCUGAGUCUCGUACAAUAAUUCAAAAUAAUGCUUCUACUGAUAGUAUUGAUCGUUCAUCUACUGAGGCCAGAACUGGACCAAGUGAUCAGGAUUUAUUAUUGGAUCUUAUGGGUGUUGGCACAAGUGGUGGAAAUGGUGCUAUCGAGCAAGUUGAUGUCAUACCACAAAGUCCUGUUAAUUCAUCUUCUGCUUCUACUGCACCAUCCAAAUCAUCUAAUGCAGAUCUUUUAGCUGAUUUGUUUGGAACUGGACCCUCCUCUCAACCACCUUCACAACAAGCUGCACCUCUUAUAUCAUCAACGACCCCAGCAUCAUCAGUAGUAACCAAUAAUAAUAAUUUAAUGGACCUUUUGGGUGGUAGCAGUAUUAAUACUACUACUACUACUACAUCAAAUGUACAAACUUCAAGUCCUACCACAUCAAAUUAUGGAUUGAAUUCACUUGCUGAAUUAGGACAGGUAUUACAAAAUAGUCCAUCUACAGUAGCAAGCACAACAACUGCGAAGACAAAUUCAGCAGCAGCAGGUUAUGAAGCAUACUCAAAGAAUGGACUCACCAUUCGACUUUUACCCUCAAGAGAUAGAAAUAAUUCCUCUAUCAUCAAUAUUCAAGCCUUAUUUUCCAAUAAUGGAUCCUCUGGUGUCAUUCAUCAAUUACAGUUCCAAGCUGCUGUGCCCAAGAGUCAAAAAUUACAGAUGAAUGCACCUAGUAGCCAUACAGUUCAACCCAACACAACUGAAAAGCAACUCUUGAGAAUUAGUAAUCCACAACAGGUAAGGAUAUGUGUUUAUUUCUAAUGUUUAUCUAAUAUAACUUUUACAUAGACUAUUGUUAAACUCCGUUUACGUAUAUCCUAUGAAGUUGGAGGUGAAAAGAAAGAUGAUAUUGCUCAGUAUGGUCCUUUCCCAGAAGGAGCAUUCUAAAUUUAUUAAAAUAAAAUAAAAUAAAAUAAAAUAUGCACCUUGUUUAUUAAUAUUAUAAAUAAAGAUAUUUAUUAUAUAAAAA